CUACCUCUGCAGUGACAAUGAUAAAAUCCAGCUGUACACGAUGGCCCUGUUGAAGUACCAAGUUGAAUUUGUCAAAGCAUCAACAGAGAGGGUGAAGGACCUCAUAUGUUUAAUGAAGUACUGGUUCAAAACCUCAUUUGCAAAACCAAGAGAGGAAAAUAAGUUUCGCAGGCUCCCCUCCUCCUAUACUGUGGAACUCAUCACUAUCUAUGUGUGGGAGCUGGCUGGGAAACCGAUCUUUUUCAGCUUUAUACAGGGAAUGAGAGCUGUUCUAAAGCUUUUGGUUCAAUAUCAAGAAAUCUGUAUCGUAUGGCACAAACAUUACAGACCAAAAUUUCCAAUUUUCCAAAAGGUGUUUUUAAAGCAAAUCAGGCAAAAGGUUGAAGAAAGCAAUUUGAAGAGUUCCUCCCAAUAAGAAUUUAGAUACUGCUUUCAUAGCAACCGGGUUACAAUGGAG